AUGUCGCAAGUAGCCGCGGCAAUGCCAACCUACCUUAGGGGACCGGGUCCAAGCCCGACUAGAGAAAGAAGCCGAUCACGGUCUGUAGCCAGAGGGCAAGGAGUCGGAAUUUUAUACGCCCGCAGUAAGGGUUAAAAGGGCAGUGCAUCCUCCCAAACGCCUCACCUACGGUGAAAACGGCGGACAGAAGGAGGAUAACAACCGGUUAAAUCGGAUAGAGUUCAUUAGAAAUGAACAAGAAAAGGGAAAAGGUCAAAGACAAAAAAGUCCAAGACACGUGAGCAGGUAUGCAAAUUUUGAUCCGAAAAGCAUAUAUAAAGGCCCCAAUAGCGGCCAGAAGCCAACCAUGGCGAAGUGUGUGCUCUGCGGGGGUGCACUGACGUGCCCUCGCCAAACAUGCCAGACCAAAAGGAAGUGCAGCCGGCCCAACCAUCACUGCCACCUGCCCAACCUCUGCCCGAGCCGGUUGAACCUGAACUCUACCCCUUUUCUGAACUUUACCCCUUUUUCAACUCUACCCCUUUUUGAACUUUACCCCUUCAGAACUUUACCCCUUUUUCAACUCUACCCCUUUUCUGAACUUUACCCCUUUUUGAACACUACCCCUCAUUUUGAAAAUUGAAAAAAUGAGGUGUGACACCUUAUACGAUGAAAAUUUUUUCAAAUUGAAAAUAUUUUUUCAUCGUAUAAGAUGUCACACCUUAUUAUUUUCAAUUUGAAAAAAAUUUUCAUCGUAUAAGAUGUCACACCGAGUUUUUUCGAUUUGAAAAAAUUUUACAUCGUAUAAGAUGUCACACCUGGUUUUUCUCAAUUUGAAAAAUUUUUUCAUCGUAUAAGAUGUCACACCUUAUUUUUUCAAUUUUCAAAAUGGGGUAGUGUUCAAAAAGGGGUAGAGUUCAGAUUUUUUGGCGAAAAUCAAAAAAGGGGUAGAGUUCAGCCUUUUUUGGGGUAGAGUUGAAAAAGGGGUAAAGUUCAGAUUGGGGUAAAGUUCAGAAAAGGGGUAGAGUUCUGCCGCAACGGCCCGAGCCAACCCCUCUACAACUAGGACCCUCCAGAAGCAACCAAUUCUCCAACCCCCCACAGCCAGAUCCCCCGAGAAGCAACCAAGUUCCUGAACCCCCUCCCCAAGAAGAUCAAGACAUGGACGAUGGUUUGGUGGAUGAGCUGUUGGGAGAGCUCACUUCUGAAGACCUGGAGGAAUUGAUGGCGAGUACUUCGAUUGGAUCAAAGUAGGAGGAGGUGUUGGAUGGGACACCACCGAUUCCACCAGCAAGAUGGUCUUCAAAACGAAUCUCUCUCUAUUUGUAUUUUAUCUUUUGUACUUUCCCCAGCUGGCUCUAUAAAAGGAGCGGCUGGGUUCAAAUAAACCAGUACGAUCAAUCUACUCGGGUUGUCUCAAGUUGUCUCCUCCGAGACUUCAACACACUCCGACAUCACUAAUUCAAUUUUUUUAAACUGGUGCCUGGUAUAAUAUCAGAGAGUUUGGCCUGCGGCGGGCGUAAUUUAAUUCCAAAAAAGCUGAAACUUGCCGUGCUAAAAUCUUAUGAGGUUACCUUUCGAAUGGUAUAUGUCUUGUCAAUUCACUCCGACAUCACUAAUUCACUUUUUUUUUUAAACUGGUGCCUGGUAUAAUAUCAGAGAGUUUGGCCUGCGGCGGGCGUAAUUUAAUUCCAAAAAAGCUAAAACUUGCCGUGCUAAAAUCUUAUGAGGUUACCUUUCGAAUGAUAUAUGUCUUGUAUAUUCACUCCGACAUCACUAAUUCAAUUUUUUUAAACUGGUGCCUGGUAUAAUAUCAGAGUGUUUGGCCUGCGGCGGGCGUAAUUUAAUUCCAAAAAAGCUGAAACUUGCCGUGCUAAAAUCUUAUGAGGUUACCUUUCGAAUGGUAUAUGUCUUGUAUAUUCACUCCGAAAUCACUAAUUCACUUUUUUUUAAACUUGUGCCUGGUAUAAUAUCAGAGUGUUUGGCCUGCGGCGGGCGUAAUUUAAUUCCAAAAAAGCUGAAACUUGCCGUGCUAAAAUCUUAUGAGGUUACCUUUCGAAUGGUAUAUGUCUUGUAUAUUCACUCCGACAUCACUAAUUCAAUUUUUUUUAAACUUGUGCCUGGUAUAAUAUCAGAGUGUUUGGCCUGCGGCGGGCGUAAUUUAAUUCCAAAAAAGCUGAAACUUGCCGUGCUAAAAUCUUAUGAGGUUACCUUUCGAAUGGUAUAUGUCUUGUAUAUUCACUCCGACAUCACUAAUUCAAUUUUUUUAAACUUGUGCCUGGUAUAAUAUCAGAGUGUUUGGCCUGCGGCGGGCGUACUUUAUUCCAAAAAAGCUGAAACUUGCCGUGCUAAAAUCUUAUGAGGUUACCUUUCGAAUGGUAUAUGUCUUGUAUAUUCACUCCGACAUCACUAAUUCAAUUUUUUUAAACUUGUGCCUGGUAUAAUAUCAGAGUGUUUGGCCUGCGGCGGGCGUAAUUUAAUUCCAAAAAAGCCGAAACUUGCCGUGCUAAAAUCUUAUGAGGUUACCUUUCGAAUAGUACAUGUCUUGUAUAUUCACUCCGACAUCACUAAUUCAAUUUUUUGUAAACUGGUGCCUGGUAUAAUAUCAGAGUGUUUGGCCUGCGGCGGGCGUAAUUUAAUUCCAAACAAGCUGAAACUUGCCGUGCUAAAAUCUUAUGAGAUUACAUUUCGAAUGGUACAGUAGUUGCUGUACCAUCUGAUAUUAUACCAGGCACAAGUUUAAAAAAAAGUGAAUUAGUGAUGUCGGAGUGAAUAUACAAGACAUAUACCAUUCGAAAGGUAACCUCAUAAGAUUUUAGCACGGCAAGUUUCAGCUUCUUUGGAAUUAAAUUACGCCCGCCGCAGGCCAAACACUCCGAUAUUAUACCAGGCACAAGUUUAAAAAAAAAGUGAAUUAGUGAUGUCGGAGUGAAUUGACAAAACAUAUACCAUUCGAAAGGUAACCUCAUAAGAUUUUAGCAAGGCAAGUUUUAGCUUUUUUGGAAUUAAAUUACGCCCGCCGCAGGCCAAACACUCUGAUAUUAUACCAGACAGCAGUUUAAAAAAAAAGUGAAUUAGUGAUGUCGGAGUGAAUUGACAAGACAUAUACCAUUCGAAAGGUAACCUCAUAAGAUUUUAGCACGGCAAGUUUCAGCUUUUUUGGAAUUAAAUUACGCCCGCCGCAGGCCAAACACUCUGAUAUUAUACCAGGCACCAGUUUAAAAAAAUUGAAUUAGUGAUGUCGGAGUGAAUAUACAAGACAUAUACCAUUCGAAAGGUAACCUCAUAAGAUUUUAGCACGGCACGUUUUAGCUUUUUUGGAAUUAAAUUACGCCCGCCGCAGGCCAAACACUCUGAUAUUACAGGGUGCGGCAAAAAAAUGGAAACUUUUUUCAUUGGGUCCUGACGCGAAAAUUUUUAAGUUCAGCAAAAUUAUUUUCAUACCUUUAAAUUCUACGUAGUUUAAUCUCCUAGACCUUAUAAUUUCAUGUCCAUAUCGGUUUAUUAGCAUUCUUUUUUUGAAUUUCAAACAAAGGGACCUCGAUUUUGGACCUGUUUUUAAGCUGUUCGAAGUGCUAAUUUGCCCGGUAUAGAAACGACGUUUUGUCCAAAGUAAUCACACAAUGCAAGGAGCUUGUGAACAAUUUGAAGCUUCCAUUAAGCGAAAGAAAACGCACCGCCAACACUUCUGUCAGCCGCGGGGUCAUCAACAGCGAAAUCCGUCGAUUUCCAGAAAAAAUUGCCCGUGAGGCCGGCAUCAGGGACCGACCAGUCGGCCAAAUAGCCAAAAAUCAACUCAAGGUCUCCCCACAUAAGGUCUAA